CAGCGAAAUCCGACAGCAAAGCAAACGUCGUCGACCAAGCAUCGCGACUUGUCUCCGCGAGCACCGACGGGAUGAACAGCACGAGCGACGACUACCUCCGCGAGGUCGCGCAGGCGCUGCGCCGUGGCGUCGAGAUCAAGAACCGGCGCGUGAACCUUCGCACGUACGAUCUCUGCUUUGUCGGGUGCGAGGCCGUGACGUGGCUCGUCGAGCACGGGUACGCGCCAUCCCGCGAGGCUGCGGUCGAGCUCGGGCGCAACCUCGUCUGCGGCGGCCUUAUGAACCAUGUGGCGGACAGUGAGCACUUCCAGGACAAGACGCUCUUCUACCGCUUCUUUGAAGACGAGGUCGGCGGGCCGCGCGAGCCGCCGCUCUCGCUUGCACGGUCGUUUGCGUCAGGCUCACAGCGCGCCAAGAGCAUCGAGAAGGCCGUGCGUAACCACAUUGGCAAGCUCACGGGCCGUGCGCACUCGACCGUGACCGAGCAGCCCGUGCGCACGCUGCGACUGAAGAAGAACGGGUUUUGCCCGAUUCGGUCGCUCCUGACCGUCGCGCCGAGCACGACCUUUGGCUUUAGCGACGUGUGCUCGUUUUACUUUCCGCCGCACACGGUGCACAACUCGAUCGCGCUCACGGUGCCCAUUGUCGAGCAGAUGAAGGAGGCAUUUUCGACGCUCGACAUGCGCGCGCGUGAGAACGCGGUCUUUGGCCUCCGAAAACAAGUGCUCAAAGCCGCCGACUCGAGCGAUAAGAACUGGAUGUACAUCAAGAACGUCACGGGCCACCACGGCAACGACGUCCGCGUCUUCUAUCGCAACGCGAUUGGCGGCUUCCAGACGUUUUUAACAGUCGGGGCGAUCCACGUCCCGCCGGCCACGUUUGCCAAGCAUUUUCUGGACCACCAAGAACGCCGCAAGAUGGAAGCGUUCUACGAGGCCGGCUUCACCGUCGAAGACCUCCUCAUGGCCCACACGCACGAGAUGAAGCUCGAGAAGAACAUCCACCAGCCCUUCUCGAGCGCCGUCGCGCCGUGGGUCGACGACGACCGCAUUCAGCUCUCCAUGUCGGACGACAUGGGCUGCGUCGCGUCCCACGCCAUGGCCGCCGAGCGGUUCCCGGCCAACAAUAGCGGCGCGUCAUCCGAGGAGCAUCUCAUUGGCGGCGGCGCACAGCGCAUCUUGUACCGGACGAUGACGAGCGUCUCGCGGGUCGUGACGCAGCGCGACUUUGUGACGUUUCAGGAUUGCUUUGCGAUGGAGAGCGGCGGCCACGUCGUCUACGAGAUCUCGGUGCACCACAAGGACAUUCCGCCGUCGCUGCCGAACUAUACCCGCGGUGAAAUUUUGUGCCUCGCCCACAUUGCCGAGCCAAUUCCUGGCAACCCGAGCGCGUGCAUGCUCACGGUCGUGACCCAAGUCGGCUUCAAGGGCAAGAUGCCGGCCUUUGUGUCGCAAAUGAUUUUCGACAAGCUCAUCACGCGCAGCUUCGAGUCCGAGGUAGAAGAGGACGAAGACAAUGUGUCUGACUUUUGGUCGUAG